AUGGCUGAUAGUCCACCCAUCAUUGCAGCGCGUACAGCUGCAAAUGACGUAAUCACUGAAUUAAAAGAAUAUAUUGCAGAAAAUUCACAUAGCAAAUUUUCAACUUCCCGUCACGCAGAUUUUAUCUUUGACUGUAUUAAUAGAGUAAUCAAAAUCUAUGAAGAGAACAGUGUUUUGUCUAUGCUUAAGGAGAUUAACAAUAAAAUUGAUACAAUAGGCAAUAGUAACAAUAAAGACGUAAUAAUUACCCCUUCAUACAGUUCAGUACUGCAAUCAGGCAAAGCUGUUAAUUCAGCUACUGCUAAUAUUACACUUAAGCCGUCUAAAGACGUUCUACUAAUUUAUAACAAAGAGGACAAUAAAAACAGUGAAAAUACACGUAAAAUCAUACAAGAACGUAUAAAUCCUAUUGCAUUAGGCAUCGGAGUAGAAAGAAUACGUCGCAUAGGGGGAGGAGGCGUUGCAAUACAUUUAAACAAUAAAAGUGAUCUAACAAAACUUGAGAAUUGUGUACAAGAAUCAAUACCAGAACUAAUAGUCAGGAAACCUAAGAAACGAAAUCCACAUAUUGUACUAUACUCUGUGCCUGCACAAUUACUGCGUGAAGAACUCCAAGAUUAUAUAUAUGAGCAAAAUAAUAUCAUACAUGAGAAUUAUUCAGAAAUAGAAUUUAAGGAACAAUUUAAAAUAAAGUUUAGCAUGGGACGAAAAGAUGCUCAAUUUCAUAAUUGGGCGGUAGAAGUUUCACCACAAAUUCGGAAAUACCUUCUUAUGGUUGGAAAAAUAAACUUACAAUGGUCUCGAUGUAGAGUUCAAGACUUCUGCCCUAUUAUGCAAUGUUUCCGUUGCUGUAAAUACGGACACUCCACCAAAUACUGUGAACAAGAAAUACCAACAUGUAGUCAAUGCGCCGGGGAACAUACAUAUAAACAAUGCCCUAAUAAGACUACUAAACCGAGAUGUAUUAACUGUCAUCACAAUAAACUGAAUACUUUAAACCACAACGCAAGAGAUAGCUCCUGCCCUGUCUUUCAACGGGUUAAAAAUACCAUCAUACAACGAACAGAAUAUGGCAUUUAGCAGUAAUAACGGUAUACGUUUUCUGCAGAUCAAUUUGGGAAAACGUAUUUCAGCAACUUCUCUUCUUGCAUCUAUCUGCCACAAAUAUGAUUUUAUUUUAAUACAAGAGCCCUAUUGUCUACACAAUAAUCCGGCAUGCUUACCAACUCGCUAUUCAAUUCUUAAGGGCACUGAAAACUAUCCUUGGGCAAUUAAUGUUAUUACUAACAUCAAUUUUACUAUCCUUCAUCACAAGAUCUUGUCGAAUGAAUACAUUGUAUGUAAUGAAAUUUAUUUUAAUAACAAUACUUACAUAAUUAUCAAUAUUUAUUGUCCACGCGACAUGAAUCUGAAUAUUAUUAUCGACAAACUACAGAAUCUAAUUAAUAAAUUUCAUAAUGCUCGGUUUAUCAUUGCGGGGGACAUAAAUGCACAUUCACCUGCAUGGGGCGGUUAUCAGCAUGACCACCGUGGAGGCAUUUUUGAAGAUUUUAUAGCCACUAAUGGAUUACAAUUAUUAAACAAUCCGCUAUCCCCUCCCACUUAUGUAACUAGUUAUGGGGAAACAUGGAUAGAUGUUGCAGUAUGCAGUUCAGAAUGUAUAACUGAGUUAGAAAACUGGAGAGUUCUCGCUGAAAGUAGUCUCAGUGAUCAUGCUUACAUUUCAUUUCAGCUUAAAAACAACGGCAGUGCACAAACUGCAUCCGUAGAUAAGCCUAGGUUUAAUCUAGCUCUGGCUGAUUGGGAAGGUAUGCUCCGCUAUCUA